CUCCAUCGACCAUGCUUAAGAUAAUUAUUUAUUUUAUAUCUUCCUUUGCACUUAGGCUUAGGGGGGUAUAUUAGAGAUCUCCAUUGCACAUUUGCCCUUAAAGCUUUGGAUUUCGAGGUCUUAUAAAAAGAGAGAGAGAGAGAGAGAGGAAGAAGAAGAAGAAGAAAGCCAAGCUCUCUUGCACUUUAUUCUCUUCAAAUUCGAUACUUUGCCCUGUACCUUAAACCAGUUUUUUUGUUUUCAAUAGAGACCAAACUCAAAGAAAGAAAGAAAGAAAAAAGACAAUCCAUUAGUCUUUAUCUCUAUCUCUCUCUCUUUUGUGUGUCCUACAUUGUCUUGUUCUAACAUCAAAAUCUCUUAGUUCUCUCUGUUGGUUUCUAUUUCUCCCUUGAGAAUUCUCAAGCAGCAAAGACUUUGCUGGUUCAAAAUAAAACGGUAAUGCAGAUUAAAGGCAGGAACUUGUUUUGUUCCCACACUUGUUUUCUCUUCAUUACCUGAGGGAACAGUGUCACCAUUUCAAAAUUAGCCUACUUUUUUUUUUCUCUCCCAUUAUUUUCAGCAAAAACUUGGAACUUUUCCCCUAAAAAAGCCCUGUUUUCAAGAUUUUUUUUUUGUACUUUUUCUAUUUGUCUUUGUUUACAUUUUAAUCAAAGGGGGCAGAAGAAACACCUGAGAAAUAAUAUCAUCAAGUGAUAAGUUGAGCCAAAAGAAGCAACUUCACAAAUUCAUAAUUUUAUUGCUUACAAAUCUGGAUUAAAGCUAUAUGAAAAAAGCUGUGAAACAAUGAGAGGUGGGAACUCCAAGAACAGCAAGCUUUCAUGGCCCAAGACAUUGGUGAAGAAAUGGUUCAAUAUCAAGAGUAAAACUGAAGACUUUCAUGCUGAUGAUGUUGAUUAUGGAGGUGUUGAUGAAGAUUGGAGGCACCAAUUUUCAGAGAGGGAAGAGGCAUGCACUGUCAAGAAAAGUAGAACAGAGAGAUUGAGCAAGACGUAUUCGGAUCGAGCUCGGCAAGGUAAAACCGAUGUUGACGGAUCGCAGUUUACCGAUGUGCAUAAUUAUAGGAUUUUUGUAGCUACUUGGAAUGUGGCUGGAAAAUCUCCUCCUAGUUAUUUGAAUCUUGAAGAUUGGCUUCAUACUUCUCCUCCUGCUGAUAUUUAUGUUCUCGGUUUUCAAGAGAUUGUACCUUUAAAUGCUGGUAAUGUGUUGGGAACUGAAGACAAUGGACCGGCUAGGAAAUGGCUAGCUCUCAUUAGGAAGACACUGAAUAGUCUGCCUGGCACCAGUGGUUGUUGCUACAUGCCUUCACCAAUCCCCGAUCCGCUUGUUGAACUGGAUGCAGACUUUGAAGGAUCGACAAGGCAGAAGACUUCAUCUUUCUUUCACCGCCGAUCGUUUCAAUCCUUGAGCCGUAGCAUGAGAAUGGAUAAUGACAUGGCAAUGACACAACCCCAGCUUGAUCGCCGUUUUAGUGUAUGUGAUCGGGUUAUCUUCGGGAAUAGGCCAAGUGAUUAUGAUCCUAAUUUCAAAUGGGGUUCCUCUGAUGAUGAAAAUGGACCUGGGGAUUCACCAGGGAACACUCAGUACCAUUCGCAAUAUUCUCCAAUGUCAUAUGGUGGAUCUUUUGCCAUUGAAGAAAACAACAAACAGAUGGGGCAUUCGAGGUACUGUUUGGUUGCCAGCAAGCAAAUGGUUGGGAUAUUUCUAACCGUGUGGGUGAAGAGUGAGCUUAGAGACGAUGUUCGUAACAUGAAAGUGUCCUGCGUUGGCAGAGGAUUGAUGGGUUAUCUUGGAAACAAGGGUUCCGUUUCUAUUAGCAUGUCUUUGCAUCAAACAAGCUUUUGCUUCGUCUGUAGUCACUUAACAUCCGGGCAAAAGGAGGGUGAUGAGCUGCGAAGAAACUCCGAUGUUAUGGAGAUCCUAAGGAAGACAAGGUUUCCCAGGGUUCAUGGUAUGGGAGACGAAACUUCUCCCGAAACGAUUCUCGAGCAUGAUCGUAUUAUAUGGCUCGGGGAUUUGAAUUAUCGUAUAGCUCUGUCAUACCGCUCUGCCAAAGCUCUGGUUGAGAUGCGCAAUUGGAAGGCACUGUUAGAGAACGACCAGCUUCGGAUAGAGCAGAGGCAAGGCCGUGUUUUUGAGGGGUGGUGUGAAGGAAAGAUAUAUUUCCCCCCUACAUACAAGUAUUCUAAUAAUUCAGACAGAUAUGCUGGGGAGGACAGACAUCCAAAGAAGAAGAGAAGAACUCCUGCAUGGUGCGAUCGUAUACUGUGGUAUGGAAGAGGCCUAUAUCAGCUAUCUUAUGUUCGUGGGGAGUCAAAGUUCUCGGAUCAUAGGCCUGUUUAUAGUGUUUUUUCGGCCAAGGUUGAGUCUAUGAACAUUAGUCGAAUAAGGAAAAACAUGAGUUGUUCCAGCGCCAGGAUUGAGGUUGAAGAGCUAUUGCCACAGUCACACGGAUAUACUGAACUCAGUUUCUUUUGAGAAAAUCUUUAGCAAUCCAUAUUCUGCGGUGUAACUUAUGGGAAAUGCAACAGGACCAAGUUCACAGUUGUAUAAAGGAUAUCAUGAAGAAACGUGCGAUUCACAUCCACUCGGGAAUUCUAACCCUGGCCUCUCUCUGCAAUCAGUCAGGUGGGCACUACCCUAUAGAAAAACUAUAUGAACCAUGGUGGCAAUAAAGACAUGCCGUUGUCGGCUAUCCGAAACAAGGUACAGAUUGUAUAUUGUCAAUAACCACCCCAACUCCUGAAGUUUACAUAUCCAACAAGACAAGUUGUUAGUCUUUGUUCUUGUCCAAAUUCCUUUGAAACCUUCAAUAUUAUUGAAGAAAAUGAAAUACAGGAUAAAGAGAACUGACAUUUCUUUUUUGGGGUUGAGAGAGAGAUAAAAUGGGGAAUCAAUUGUCAAUUCCUUUUUGUACCAGUUUUGGAAGAUUAAAGCCUGGAGAUAUGAUGGAUAGUCAUUACUAGUGGAUAACAGACAGGGUUUUUUUUUUUUUUUAAUUGUGAAACCUUCUUUUACUGUUGCUACUAAUCAUUUUUACUGAGAAACAGAAACCAGUUUGGUUGGUUAUCUCAACUGUGUUCUUUUUGGUUUUUGGUGUCUGAAAAUGUAAUAUUCAGGAGGAGACCUUGGCUUUUCCAAAAGGCAAUGCUUGUAUUGAUAUCUGUGUUUGAAGACAAUAAAGCCUGAAAUUUUACUC